AUGGGUUCUACGGACCCCCCUCCCUAUGUCGAAAGUGCGAACGAGAUCUCAACUGAGCCCGAUAAUGACGUCCAAGACACCAAGCAAGCCGGCGUCAAGCAAACCGGCACCAAGGAGGCGGACACUGAGCAAAGCUACCCGGAACCGAAUCCCGGCGAGCUGAAGCGCAAGCUGAAGAGCAGGCAUCUUCAGAUGAUCGCUAUCGGUGGAACAAUCGGAACAGGACUUUUCAUCUCCAGUGGCACUGCAAUCGCAUACUCCGGACCUGCAGGCGCAUUGAUCGCUUAUAUCUUCGUCGGCUCCAUCGUGUACUCGGUCAUGAGCUCUCUCGGCGAGGUCGCAACAUACAUCCCAAUCCCCGGUGCCUUCACAUCUUACGCGGCGCGUCUAAUCGACCCCAGUCUGGGCUUUUCCAUGGGUUGGAUCUACUGGUUCAACUGGGCUUCUACCUUUGCGGUCGAAUUAACCGCCACCGGAACGAUCAUCCAGUACUGGAACAGCGAGUUGAAUAUUGCGAUUUUCAUCGGAGUAUUUUGGGUUCUCAUUACAGCUUUGAACUUCCUUCCUGUGAACUUCUACGGCGAGUUGGAGUUCUGGUUCUCGACUAUCAAGGUGGCAACCGUCAUCGGAUUCAUGAUCUUCGCCAUUUGUAUUGAUGUCGGUGUCGGAGAUCAGGGCUAUAUUGGAUUUAAGAAUUGGCAUCACCCCGGAGCCUUUGCUACGCACUUGGUCAGCUCGCCGGAGUCUGUCGGCAAAUUCGUUGGUUUCUGGGCUGUCCUUGUUCAGGCAGGCUUCUCCUACCAGGGAACUGAGCUUGUCGGUGUCGCUGCAGGAGAGACUGAGAACCCCCAGAAGACUGUGCCCUCAGCCAUUCGCAAGACGUUUGUCCGUAUUCUUCUUUUCUUCGUUCUGACCAUCUUCUUUAUCGGCCUGUUGGUUCCAUACGACAACAAGCGCCUCGCCACUGCCGAGACCAACGCCUCCUCAUCUCCAAUGGUCAUCGCUGCCGAUCUCGCUGGAGUAAAGAUUCUGCCUAGCUUGAUCAACGCCGUCCUCCUCAGUGUUGUGCUUUCAGCCGCCAACUCCAAUGUCUACAGUGGUAGCCGAGUCCUGACCGGACUGGCCUACGAGGGCUUCGCCCCCGCCUGCUUCGGCUGGGUCACGAAGCACGGCGUCCCAUAUAUCAGCGUGGCAUUCACUUCCUUAUUUGGUCUUCUUGGAUUCAUGAACGUUUCCAACGAUGCCGGUCAAGUCUUCACCUGGCUCGUGAACCUGUCCAGUGUCGCCGGAUUCGUGACAUGGGCUUGUAUCAACGCUUCUCACAUCGCAUUCAUGCGCGCUCUUGCUGCCCGCAACAUUUCUCGCGAUACCCUUCCCUACAAGGCUAUCCUCCAACCAUACCUUGCCUGGUACGGACUCUUCUUCAACGUCCUCAUUGCCCUAACCCAGGGUUUCACGUCUUUUAUCCCGGUCUUCAAUGUCUCCGACUUUUUCGUCGCUUACAUUUGCAUUAUCAUCUUUGUGGUACUCUGGGCUGGCCACAAGAUCAUCUUCCGCUCGGCGUUUAUUCGUCCAGAAGAGGCUGAUCUUGAUACCGGUCGUCUACAGUAUGAAAAGCCAACCGGACCUCCCAAGGCCUGGUAUUGGAGGGUAUGGGGUUGGGUUACCAAGUAA